AUGGACAAGAGUCUGGCUGCUACUAGCAACGGUGAAUCUGUUCAGAAUGGGACGCCUACUCCCCAGCCUGAGAUUCAGACUGCUACUGGGAACAGCGAACCGAUUGGGACGCCUACUCCCCAGCCUGGAAUUCAGGUUGCUACUGGGAACAGCGAACCGAUUGGGACGCCUACUCCCCAGCCUACGAUUCAGGUUGCUACUAGGAGCAGUGAACCGAUUGGGACGCCCACUCCCCAGCCUACGAUUCAGGUUGCUACUAGGAGCAGUGAACAGAUUGGGACGCCUACUCCCCAGCCUACGAUUCAGGUUGCUACUAGGAGCAGUGAACAGAUUGGGACGCCUACUACCCAGGGUGGAAUUCAAAUCGUGACUUUUGGAGUGCAACCGACUCCCAUUCCUGGAAAUACUUUGGACACUGUGAUCGUCACAGCUACCCGACCCGUUGGAGUGCAGUCGCCUAUCGUCAACAUUAUCACGCCUGACCGGACAGAUGUGUCCCCAGUUACGUCCAACCCGACAUCAACGACACUGCAAGACAUUUCCGUCAUAAUCCCUCCAGCUACGAUUGGUGCCGCAGCAGCUACAGCAGUAUGCAACUGUCCAGUGAUUACCACAACUGUGAUUCAGAAUUGCCGGGCACAAACGUCACGAAUUGCUAUACCGCCGUCUUCGCAAGUUGUAGUUAUAAGUGGGGUUCAUAAUGGCCAACCAACACCGACGCCUGCUCAGCCCAUCUCGACAAUAAUCACAGUCCAGCAGGGUUCAACUAGUAUUCAACCGCUACCUCCUGUUCAGACGAUUCAAGUCGGUCAGUCAACGUUAGCACCUACCCCGACCCAUCCCAUGCUUCCGAAUCGCAUUUUGACAAACCCGACCUUGAUUGCUGUGCCGACGGAUCAAACCAUGAUCCAUUCGACAGUGGCAUCUCCUAUUGCGACGCAGAAUAUCCCACCUAUUCAGACAAACGUCCAAGGGACGCCCACCCCCACGCAUACCAUGUCUCAAAAUCGGCAAGUGACGAUUCAAGUCUCGUCAAUGAUACAUCCGAUCAUGACGCCAGUAGCCACGCAUACCAUGUCUCAAAAUCAGCAAGUGACGAUUCAAGUCUCGUCAAUGGUACAUCCGAUCAUGACGCCAUUAGCCACGCAUAUCAUGUCUCAAAAUCGGCAAGUAACGAUUCAAGUCUCGUCAAUGGUACAUCCGAUCAUGACGCCAGUAGCCACGCAUACCAUGUCACAAAAUCGGCAAGUAACGAUUAAUCAGGUGUCCACGAUCGUACAUCCGAUUAUGACAGCAGUAGCACCGCACACCAUGCCCACACCUCAGAAUUCACCUGGCGAAACUCCGCGAGCAGGCCAUACAGUGUCGGGCCCUAUUCAGACGGCGGUGCCACCACGAUCAUCAAACUCUUCCACUGUUGCAAAUCGAGUGUUGACCACUCCCGCUGCAACUGGACGUGUGUCGACAACGAAUGCACCUGGCACGGUUCAGCGAGGCGCUGGCACAGUCUCGCGUCCCGUCCCCACCGCAGUGCCGCCGAGAUCUUCAAAUACUGCAAUCACUGCUCAAACAGUUCAUGGCAAGGCCGGAACGGUUCAAGCAUCAUCAACUGUAUUACAGCGAGUGCGGACCACUCUUGGCGCGGCUCAACGCGUCUCUACACCCAAUCCUGCGACAGUUCCGAUAGCUACCAGCACACCAUCGCGCCAGACAUCAUCAGUAAAAGGUCAGCAACCGAGCACAGCUCCUACAUCGCAGACGACACCGACAUCAAACCGGAGCGGCGGAAAAAGGUACAAUCUCCGCGCUAGGCGUUUCUGA